GCUCGGAAGCGAGGGCGAGAGAGAAAGGGAGCUGUGGUGGCGCAAGAGAAGGAGGAGGUAGAGGAGGUGGAGAAGGAGCAAUCGGAUCCUACGGAGAGUGUUAUCAACGAAGAUCUUGUAGCAGAAUCCUUGCAUGCAUGCAUGCACAUGGGGAGCGAGUAGGGUAAGAGUGAGUGCGUGGGCGAAUGCUUCUGUUCCUAAUCGCGAGACGAGGGUAAUGUGUGGCUGCAACGGGCAGGUUCAUCGCAACGGAAUGGAUCGACGCCGCAGGGACGCAACUGCCCACGUGGAAUCCUAAAUCUGUGGGACCGAUGAGAUAGAUCUGGGAGUCGUUUCGGGAAAGAAGCCAAUCUCAACCGGACUGAGGGCAGUUCAGAAAUUCAGAAGCUAGGGUUUAGUGGUGGACCCGUGUGUCUAUCGAUGUGGGCGCCAUAGAUUAUGCUGCUGCUGUAGGUCUCUCCAGCUAAGUGCGCUAGCAUGCUUGCCGUAGUGUGUCGCUUUUCCUUUGCGAAUCUGUUGGGGCGUAACUGGUGACGAGUACUGCAGUUAUUCAAAGUGAAAGGGCCCGCCCAACUUCCCGAAAGUGUUUCUGUCGCUCCGACACGUCACUGGACUGGGUGUUGCAGAAUCUACAUGUGGACGAAUGGGUUGGAGUUGGUGGAAGGGAUGGUGGACGAACGUGGACUGGGUUUGUUUCUAGAAAUGUGACAAAUGUGGAGGAAUUGUGGAGUGGAGGAGGGAAUGGUCGCCGAGGGUCGACGAGUAGGAGGAGGAGGUGGAGGAGGGAGAGGCUCGAAACUGGAGGUUCCCCGCUUCUUCCUCCGGCAUUAGGCCCUAUCACAUGCGCUUCGCAAUCAGCGCAGAAAGGCUACUAGGAUUGUGAUAGUGAGAGCAGUUGCGAGCAGAGUUUGGGGCUAAGCAAUUGACGGCGUGUUGCACCGGACAAUUAGGGUUUGACGUUGGCGGUGAGUUUUCGCUGAAUGGAGUGGCGGUGUAGAUGUAGGUGAGUUUUGGGUGUGAGCUUGGGAUCAUCACAUGGUCGGAGCCGCGCGGGGGAUAUGGACUUGGAGAGGUGGCAGCCAAGGGAUGUCAAGGAAUCAGUUUGAUGGUGUAAGCGGGUGUGGGAUACUGUGGAUGUGAUGAAGGUGGUGUAGGUGAAAGUGGAUGCUGCUGUGGCUGGCCUUUGGGUUUGGUCUUGGUGAUGGGGGUUUAGAUGGCGAUGACAGUGGGAGAGACGAGGUGUGAUGAGGAGGAACGGGGUGGAGCUGCGAAUUCCUCUUGGAAAGGACAGAAUGCACUUUGGCUGGACGAGCAGCCUGAUUUGUCAGGUUUUCGUUGUGAAUAGCCUGGUGGGGGCUUUAGCUUUGCAGCAGUGCUUGUGCAUAUCGGUUUACAGGUUUGGAGAAUCUGUCUUUUUGCGGACACUCUAAGCCGCUUGGAAUGCGGCACUGUGCUGGUUUGCGAGUUCAACAACGGUUGUUGGAGUUUGGGAGCAUGUUUGUGUAUGGACAACAGGACUUGGUUGGUGUACAUCAGAGGCUGCGGUAUUGGUUGGUUAAAAAUACUACUCUACAUUCACAACUUCGUAUUUGCGGCACCGUUGAUACGAGUACUCUCGUGAAAUUUUUUGGAAUCAAUAUUGAACGGGAUGAAAGAUCUCAUGGUGAGGAAUUAGAAUCUGUGGUUUCUCCUCAAAUUUUCAGAGCUCGUUGGCAGGAGCUGACUCUGCAUGUAUAAUCUAAUGCAUUCAGCACACUGUUUGUGCUUUCUUUAUACGAGAUGACGGAGAAUCAGUUGAAGUAAAGAUCAACUUGAUAUAUGGAGAGUUCGCAGCUUAGUGAAGCUGAAACAAUAAGAUACAGUUCUUCAUCAGCUUUGGGGUUCACGACACUAUUUUUUACCAAGGAUCCUAGUUUAUUUAAGGUGCUGUGAACCGUCUACUUCCUUGUACAAGCUCCACAACGUGUGCUGCAAUACGAAUGUUCAAGUACUGCUUUACUGGACAUAUCUGUGGGGGCUUGAGAUAUAUAAUAUAGAUGGAGGUGGAUUCACACUACAUUUACAGUCCGCUUCGUAGUGAAGUGCGGACUUCAAGGCGAAGACAAUGCCUUCGAUGUAUUAAUACUCUAAUGCAGCUACCAAGGUUAUUUUAUGACUACAUCUUUUCUAGCUUUACGUUUGAUAAUUCUCCACGGGAUAUUCAGGCUUACAAGAAAUUAUUACAAUUAAACUUGUGUGCAGUCAUUUCCACUACUCUUGGAGGCAUUUGUCUAUUUGAGCUUUCUGCUAAGCCACUGAUCCAGGCAAUGGACCGCUCACCAAUUUUCCCCCUAUAUUUUCCUCAUGCUAUUGGGUUAGCUCUUGCGUGCAAGUAUCAGGGUUCUGUUCUGAUGGGAAAUUUUUUGGGGUUUUACCUCUCUCGCCUCUAUCUGGUUAUACGUGGACCCACUUACUUGAAUGUUAGUCGAGCUCUCUUCCUUAUCAUGAUAGCAUUACUUGGAGUGUUGGAGACUCACAUCGGGGCGUGGUUGAUGCAUCACUACUUGUGUCGAGCCCACGCUAUACGGAAGAUGGUGCCAACUAUCGACAAUGUAGCUCAAGCCUUCUUUUAUAUUUUGAUCGUCCUCGGUACGACCUUGGUUUUCGACUCAUUGAUCGCUGUAGUUGUUUGCUUAUCAGAAAUUAUCGCCUGGACCAGUUUCUUACGGUUCUGGGCAACAUGGUGGCUAGGCGUAAUUGCGGGAAUGUUGACUGUCUCCCCUGCAAUCAUUCAUCUUCUGGCCAUAGAAAUACCCACCUCCUUUUCAAAGCCACCAAAUUAUUUUAAUUUGGUGAAGUCCAUUGUUCUAUGGGCUGUUGUGCUUGUUGUUCUUUUUCUGGUAUUCUUUUUUUCAGUCCAGAGCAUCAUAAGGCCGUUACCGUAUCUGGUGUUCCCCCUCAUUAUAUUUGCCUCUUUCCGAUUCAAUCGUGUCGGAUGGGCCUUAGUUGUAGCAGUUAUCUCUCUCUCCUGUGCUUGGGGUACACUACAUCGGAACAGCUCUCUUUACUAUAUGGCUGGGGCUCCAGCCGAUAAGGCAUCGCCAAGUCUCAUUCUUCAGAUUGAACUUUUUGUAUCUGUAAUGGGGUUAGUCGGCAUAGUGCUGGCUGCUGCAGUCAAAGAAAAGAUACAAUUGACAAAUGAUCUCAACAAAGUGAAUAAUGACUUGGAAGAGACUGUUGCUACGAGGACAAAUGAAUUAGUGAAGGCUAAUCACGAGCUCAUGAUAUCUCAGAAGAGGGCAGAGCAUGCUAGUCACGCAAAAUCAGACUUCCUUGCCAACAUGAGCCAUGAAAUAAGGACUCCUAUACACGGAAUACUUGGGCUAACUGCACUGUUGCUCGAGUCUCAACUGACUGCUGAUCAGCGUGAAAGUUUGAUGUCCGUGAAAGAGUGUGCUGACUUGCUUCUGCACAUCAUAAAUAGUGUGCUUGAUCUUUCUAAGAUCGAGGCGGGACGCUUGGAAGUCGAAACUGUCCCAUUCAGCAUUCGGAAAAUGGUUUCUAGUACUCUUCGAAUUAUGCAAGCACGAGCGCAAACUCAUAAUUUGCAGUUGCUAUGGCACAUUGAUGGUGAAGUACCAGAUAGUGUUGUUGGGGAUCCAGGGAAGCUUCAGCAGUGUCUUUUAAACCUCGUUGGAAAUGCAUUGAAGUUCACCAAUGAAGGCUCGGUGACUGUAUGUGUGAGUAUGUGUUCACGGAAGGCUCCUCGCACUCCUGCAAGUAUCCGUGAUCGUUAUCGUGAUCGUGAUGAAUCUCAGACAGCUGCACACCAGAGUGUUGAGGUUCAUCCUGUUGAAGUGCCUCCACUCUUUCCACGCCUUACUAAACCACCCUCUAGGUUGGCCAAAUUGCGGAGUUGGGCAAGCUGGCCGGGGCCUUAUUUCAAAUUAGACACAGGAAGGUCUCAAAGCUGCACAAUUGAUGUGCUUGAGUCCCCUGAAAAUGAUGCUUAUUACAACAUGCCAUCAUCUAAAGUGGCUCCUGUUCUAGGUACAGAAAUUUGUUCCCAGCCUUCCACCCCAGAAACAGUGGAUGUUGAAUUUGAGAUUCAUGAUACUGGAAUUGGUAUCAGUAAGGAAAAACUCCAAGAUAUGUUUCAUCCUUUUACUCAAGCAGAUGCAUCCACAUCACGCCUCUAUGGUGGCACGGGGCUCGGGUUGUGUAUAGUUCAAAGGUUCGUGGAGCUCUUAGGAGGCGUAAUUUGGGCAGAAAGCGAAGUGAACGAGGGUAGUACUUUUAGGUUUAGGGUACCGUUCCGAAUUUCUUCUGAUACGGACUUCAGCUUCAAGCCUGCAGUUCAUCGAAGACAAGGACCGAUGAGGUUCUCCUCACUUGAUGGUUCUAUUCCCCACAAGCAUGUACCCAAGAACGGGCUGAUGAGACGGGCUCACUCAUUGGACGUCCUAAUGAGAAAUAUGAAGUUCACCUUGCCGUCUCUUAUUGAAGGUAACGAUGGUGAAGAGUCUGUUUCUAGCAAAGGCUCAGGUGGUGCAGUUACAGGCGACAGUAGCAGAAGGGGUAGUUCACUUCAGCGCACCACUGCUGAGGAGGCUAUAGCUAUAUUGCCUGAUGAAAACCCCUCUAACGAAAAUUCAAUUUUGUCUUCUGAGAAACAAGCUUUAAGGCCUGUGAGCUUAGUACCUGGUGGACGGGUGAAAUCUGAUAGAAGGUCAAUGAGAAGUGAUUCUGGAGUCUCGGAGGUGACCAGAUUAGCUACCAAUAGUUCACCUCCAGAGCAUAGAAUAAUCGUCCAUCGUGAAGGUCUUCCAUCUAGUGUACCAAAGGUUAAAUUACAUAAAUAUGAGAAGUCUUAUGUUCGGCCUAGAAGCAGUGAAGAGAAGCGUAAGCUAUUACCAACUGUAGCAUCCUCCACCGAAAAGUCUUCUGUCGAGGGGUCUCAAACUAGCAAUCCCUUGACUUUUAUCAACGUCGAUGACAAGACUCGAGAACCUACCGGAGAGAAGUCUGUGAAAGACGUCACUGUUACAAUGCCUAGGGUUGAUGAGGGAUCAACCUUAGAGCAGCCUUCCAAUUCUGUGCCAGCUGAAUCAUCACAGCAGUCAGAUGGAAGUUCUACUCUUAAGAGCAAGUUACUGCCAUCACCAUUAAGUUCUGAUUCGGCGAAAGGGCCCAUGAUGUCUAGUAUGGAGGAUGGUCAGCGACCUUUACAUAUUUUGCUUGCUGAAGAUAAUCCCAUCAAUCAAAAGGUUGCUAGCAGGCAGCUGCAGCGCCAUGGGCACAAGGUUACGAUUGUGAAUGAUGGCAAGUUAGCUCUGGAAGCUGUCCAAGUGAAUCACGAGAUGUAUGAUCUCGUCCUCAUGGACGUUCAGAUGCCAAACAUGGAUGGUUUACAAGCGACUGAGAUGAUACGGGACUUGGAAACUGAGAAAAAUUGGAGAAGAUUGCCAAUACUUGGACUUACCGCCCAUGCCAUUCAAGGUUAUCAACAGACGUGUCUUUCUCAUGGCAUGGACGGGUACUUGGGUAAGCCAUUUGAGAUAAAACAGCUGCUCCGGCAAAUGCAAGAGCUUCUGUUCUCGAACAGAAAUCCCAGAGAAUACGGAUGAUGAUUCCAUUAGGAAAUCUUCGAUGCUUUGUAAUGUACACAUUUUAGAUUUCUUCUCCACUUCGGUGCGACAGGCCAAAGGCUUUGUGAUACAUUCUUGCAAUUUUUCCAUCGAAGUUGCAAUAUCGUUGUUGGUGAAAUGUGAAAUGUCUAGUAGAAGCUUCAUCACGCGUCAUGUCCAUGUGGACGACGCAACUGCCAGCUCUAUGCUCAUUUUUGAGGACUAAGUUAUGCUGGAAACACAGCUGUUGCAACACAUCAGAAGCCAGAUGUGCCAGCGUUGAGGGGUAAGAUUAAUGUGAUUUGUGAAGCUUGAGUCCAACUUGAAUUGUACCUAUUUAGCUUUGGUUCAAAUCUGUUUGUGAAGCAUUGAUUUCUACAUCUGUGAUGUGUACUAACUUCUGUGGGAGCUUCUUUCAGUACUUCAACCUAUGUGGAAUCCAUGUAUGUAUUCCUGAGCCCCAAACCUCGCUUAAUUUCCACUUUCUUUUACUGUUUGAUUGCACAUUCCUAACCUGUGAAAAUGUAAGAUAAACUGAAUCUGGAGGUUGGAUCCUCCAAUGUUUGUGAUAGAACACUAGACCAAUGUCCAACUCAAACCAUCGUUUGUGAACUUCAAUUAAUACUUUCUUGGACCUGAAACAUUUCUUGUCAAAAAAUGUUGAUCCUGUAACUGAUGAAAUGCAAUACAAAAGUUACGGCUUGUUUA